AUGUCAGAGACCGAAAAGAUACAGAAGACCAUGGAGGUCAAGAUGCGAGACCUGACGACCAAAGUUCGGUCUGACCAAAAUGGACUUGCUCGUGUAUACUUCACGAACCAAGCUCUGGCUGAAAUCGGCGUCGAGAGACCUGGCCAACUCAUUCACUUGUGGAAAACAGGCGAUGAAAUCCAAAAGGAGGCCAUUGCGUGGAAUACUGCAGAUAAAGGCCUGAGGAAAAAUAUUGCCCAAAUAGCAAGCGAGUAUCGCGAGUUUCUGGGCUUCAAGCUAGAAGACGACAUCAACGUUCGGGCGGCAGGCCUCCUACCAAUUGCAAACUCCAUUGUCCUGCGAGAGUUGAGUGCUCCGAGCGAACUUCCGCAGGAAGCUCUCGGCAAGUCUGAAAAUGUUCAUUGGGCAUGGUUUCUCCACGGUCAUCUCAGUCGUGCCGAGACCAUAUAUCCGGGUAUGGAGUUCACAGGGAUAGCACCUUUUGCAUGGGCCAAGAAGCGGAGUUUUGUUGUUGACUUCGUCAAUGGCAAACCAACAGGCCUGGGCAAAUGCGGAUCUAGCUCGUCCGUCCAGAUAUCGACCCCUCAAGAGGAUGGUCCAGAACCACAGGUGACAUUUCAAUCGGCACCCCUGGAAGUCCUUGAUAUCGCCGGAAUUGAUCAAGCCCUCGGAAGGCUUAACUCCUUCUUCGCCGACUUCAACAAGAAAAAGUUCGUGUUCCCACAGGACCAAAGGUCGUGUGCGGUAUUGCUUCACGGUGGCCCGGGCACUGGAAAGACGUUCCUGUUGAGCAAAAUCACCAGUACUGGCUGGGCCAAAAGCGUAUUCCGUCUUGAGGGAAAUGCAAAAGUAUCCAAUAUCCGAUCCACCUUCAGAGAUGCAAAGCUCAAUCAGCCCAGCAUUAUCGUUCUUGACGAUAUAGAAUCGCUCAUGGGGAAAGAGGACGACCGAUACAGCGAUAUUUCCCAUGGUCUUGGAGAAGAGCUCGAUAUAUUGUCUCGAGCACAUUCGGGACAUUCGCUUCCUCAGGUUGUGGUGGUUGCGACCGCUUCGGAUCCAAACAGGGUUCCUCGUUCCCUCAAGAAAAGGGGCCGAUUUGUCACUGAGAUCGCCCUUCCUGUGCCUGAUGUACCUGCACGAAAGGCAAUCUUGAGAGCUCUUGACCCUCAAUUUCUUCCAGCUACCAGAGACGAGAACAUCGACAGGCUCGGUGAUCGGACACAUGCCUACACGGCCGAAGAUCUGGUAAAUUUGUUAGAUGCUGCCCGUCAUUUCGCCGAGAAAAGGGUGGACGUGAACCCUACACAGUCGGAGGACGGUCACUAUCUCUUGCAAAGAGAUAUUGAAGAGGCUCUCUUGCUAGUCCGUCCGACAGCCAUGCACGAUAUUACGCUUCAGCCACCAAGUGUAAGAUGGGAUGAGAUUGGAGGACAGGAUAGCAUCAAGAAGGCUCUUCGACGCGCGGUUGAAACUCCUCUGCUGCACCCGGGACGAAUGAAGAGACUGGGUGCCGUCCCAAAAAAGGGAGUACUGCUUUACGGCCCACCUGGCUGCUCUAAAACCUUGAGUGCGCAAGCUAUGGCGACUGAAACUGGAUUCAAUUUCUUUGCAGUCAAAGGUGCAGAGCUACUCAACAUGUAUGUUGGCGAGUCUGAGCGGGCAGUACGUGACAUAUUCGCAAGAGCUCGCGCAGCAAACCCAAGUAUCAUCUUCUUCGAUGAGAUCGAAGCGAUUGGUAGUAAGCGGCCUUCGAACGGACGGAACACUGGUGUCAAUGUGCUUACGACUUUGCUCACGGAGAUGGACGGAAUCGAGACACUGAAGGGGGUUUUUGUCCUCGCCGCUACGAACCAGCCUCAAGCCCUGGACCCGGCACUUCUUCGACCUGGUAGAUUCGACAAGCUGCUCUACGUCGCUCCUCCGGAUCUGGAAGGCCGUAAGGAGAUACUGCAAGUCCGGAAGAGAACUAUGGAUUUGGCUGACGACGUUGAUAUCGAUGCACUUGCCGAAUUGACUGAUGGGUACUCGGGAGCUGAGCUCGUGGGCAUCUGUCAAACGGCAUGCGACUAUGUCAUAGACAAGUGCGAGGACCUCAACGAAGAACUGCAGGUGCACAUGGAGGAUUUCAUGGAUGCCAUCCAAGUGGUGAAAAAACAGAUCGACCCAAAAAUGAUUGCGAGUUAUGAGGAGUGGGCGAGAGGGAUCUAA